AUGGAAAUCUCGGUGAAGUCAAUUCUCGGCAUCAUAUUCUUCUGUAUUUCUUUUAUCGGGCUACUUCUAAAUGUGCUAGUCGCCGAACCCGUAUUUCGUCUGGCUAUCAACAAAGAGAAAAGUACGAUAUUUAUAAUAGCAUUGGUUAACAUUGUGACCGAUAUCAUUCAUCUUGUAUUGGCAUGCUUCUACUUGGCUCCAUCAAUCAUAAUCCAGUCAUACAUCGUUUCCGAUGAUAAAUAUUCCGUUGCAACCUUCAUCAUUGGCGAAAUUUACAUGUCCUGUUGGUAUGCUGGAAAUGUGAACCAUAUUGUUAUGACCCUCAAUCGGUUUGCCGUCAUUUUCUUCCGGAAUGAUACUCUAUUUAGCCGUCGAAAUGUCGUCAUUCUGUUAAUUUGCAAUGUUUUAUUUUCAUGCACAAAUGGAUAUAUUGUACAAUUUGUGUUUCCAUGUUGCGCAUUUUUAUUGGAUCACACUGUCCUUUCAUAUUCUUACUAUAAAAUAAAUGGGGUCAAAAAUUGGACAGGCUUAUCGGAUAUCACUCUCAAUGUGUUUAGUUCUGUGGUCCCAGUUGUGUGCUACUCAAUGAUUAUAUAUGUAUUGCGAAAAAAAAAUAAACGAAUUGCUGGACAAAAAUACGCAAGCGACAAAAAGAAGGGAAAGAGCCGAGAGAUAAUGUAUACAAUUCAAUUUGGAAUCAUCACUUUCACAUUCACAAUUGCUUGGAUUCUAUUCCAAACAUUUCCGUUAUUCAUGCUGAAAUGGAAUGUGAACUGGUUCAUCUGUAUUGCUUUUCUCAACACCUUCAACUCUUCAACAAACGCCGUGGUAUUUCUGAUAUGCAACUCAGAAGUGAAAAAUCUGCUUCCAAAACGAAUUCGAGCAAAUCGCACAUGGAGUGAUGAGACGGAAAGUCGAAGAACUGGAAAUAACUCAACAAAAUGA